AUGGCGGCCACCACCAGCACCCACACCCUCCGCCCGACCCUCGGAGGCAGCGCCACUACCUCGGCACGCCCAUCGCCACCCCUUCCCCCUCCUCUUCCUCCGCCGCCUCCUUCAAGGGUUGCUGCCGUCGCUCUCAUCAUCGUCCUCAUCCUCGUCCUCAAGCCCAAGAAGCCCCAGUUCGACCUCCAGCAAGUGGCUGUGCAGUACCUCCUCGUCGCCCCCACCGCCUCCCCUUCGGACCCUGGUUUCUCCGCCGGAGGGAGCCCCCCCGCGGCCUACCUCUCCCUCAACAUCUCGCUGCUCUUCAUCGCGGACAACCCCAACAAGGUGGGAAUCCGGUACGAGGCGGCGACGCUCAAUGUGAUGUACCGCGGCGUGCCGCUCGGCGUGGCGACGGUGCCGGGCUUCAAGCAGCCCGCGCACAGCAGCCGCCUCGUCCAGACCCGCGUCGCCGUCGACCGCUUCAACGUGCUCCAGGCAGAUGCGCUCAACCUCGUCCGCGACGCCGCCAUCAACGACCGCGUCGACCUUCGCCUCACCGGCGACGUCGCCGCCAAGAUCCUUCUCCUCGGCAUAUCCACCCCUAGGGUUCAGGUGAUCGAAUCCUUACUUCGCGUGGUGGAUUGCACAAUCGUGAUCAGCCCCAGAAAGCAAUCACUCACCUACAAGAAGUGCGGUGUGGACGGUUUAAAUUUGUAAAUCAUAAACAGAAAAGACGAGUUCAGUUAGCUUAAAGGCGAAGCAAAGUGGUAGCGGG